AUGGCGGUAUUAGUCAAAAUCAAUCGAAGGUCAAACGUCUCAGAAUUUUUCUCCUUCGUUGCUCUGCCUCAACGAUAUUCUGAUCAGCAGCAAUCUCAGUCCCAAAAGCUUGAGUUCGGAAUCCAAUAUCUGAUGGAUGGUGGAACGCUCAACAUCAAGAAAUGGGUAGUGAUGUAUCCAGUCUACAUUAACUCAAAGAAAAGUGUUGCUGAAGGAAGGAGAAUCAGUUUGAGUAAAGCAUGUGAGAACCCUAACUGCAUUGAGAUUACUGAUUGUUGCAAGCAUUUGAAGCUCCCUAGUGCUGUCGAGGUAAAAAAAAAAGUGAUCUGUAACGACGGUACUGUAGCAGCACCGAGCGACAGUGUAGCAAGAAAAUCGAGCAACACCGUAGCAAGAAAAUCGAGUGACACUGUAGCAAGAACAUUGACCGAUACAGUAGCAGAAAAUCAGGAGUCCUGUAGCAGCGAUGCUGUAGUAGAGCUACUGUAG